AUGGCCAAUGCAUUUGCCACUCUGGCAUCCAUGUUCCAAUUAACCCCGCACGGGGAUUUGCCGUACAUCGAAUUUAGAUGUCACAGAAAACUUGCACAUUACUGCUUGAUAGAAGAGGAGCAAGAUGGCAAUCCUCGGUACUUCGUUAUCAAGCGGUACAUCGAAGACAAGGAAUACCUACAAAAAGUCUCUAAUAACGACAAGAGAAUGUUGCAGAGGUUGCCAGCUGGCUUUUUCCUUAGUGGAAAUAUCCUGUACAAGAGGAACCAUGGUAUGGUUUUCCUCCGAUGUGUGGAUGCCAGGGAGGCUGAGUAG